AUGGAAGGUGGAACUAAGAAUUGGUGGAUGUUUGCCAAAUGGAGCGAUGAAUAUGAACAAGGAGUCGACGAAUAUGUCAAAAGGGCUUUUGCUAUUAAGUCUCAAGGAAAUCAAAUUUGUUGUCCAUGUCAAAUUAGUCAUUAUCGUUUUUGGCGGUGUGAAGGUGUGGUGAGAGACCAUUUAAUUUGUAAUGGUUUUGUUCCAAGAUCGGAUAAGUUAUCAGAUUUAGGGUUCAAUAUCCAAAGAGAAGAAACUAUUUUGGAUAAUGAUGAAGGGUCCAUCCCAAAUGAAUCUAGCGAUGACGUAGUGAGGUUGUUGCAUGAUGCACGUGAUGCUUUUAGAGAUGGGCCAAAUGAUGAGGCAAAAAAGUUUUUGAGGUUAGUUGAAGAAGGGCAAGAAGAAUUGUAUCCUGGUUCCAAAAAUCACUCAAAACUUUCCUUCAUGAUUCGACUUUUUAUUUUAAAGUGUGAUCAUAAUCUAACCAAUGCCGUAUUUGGAGAUAUAUUAGAGCUUAUAAGGGAGGUGUUGCCUGAUGCAAAGUUGCCAGCUUCUUUCAAUGAAGCAAAAAGUGUUUUGAAAGUGCUGGGGUUUGAUUAUACAAAGAUUAAUGCAUGUCCAAACGAUUGCAUGAUAUAUUGGGAAGAGCAUGAAAAUGCAACAAGCUGCCAUGUUUGUAAAACACCAAGAUGGAAAUCAAAGGACAAAGAGGAUGACAUAGAAAAUGGUAAGGGAAAGACCUAUAGAAUUCCUCAAAAGAUUCUUAGGUACUUUUCGAUAAAGAAAAGGCUUCAACGACUAUUUAUGUGUCAAGAGACGGCGAGAUACAUGACUUGGCAUGCGGAUGGGCGUGAAACUGAUCAUCUUUUACAUCAUCCAGUUGACGGCCAAGCUUGGAGGGAAUUUGAUUCCUUAUACAAAGAGUUUUCUGAUGACCCGCGCAAUGUGAGGCUAGGACUAGCCACAGAUGGCUUCAGCCCGUUCAACUCAAUGAGUAUUGUACAUAGUACUUGGCCAGUUAUGUUGAUAAAUUACAACUUGCCUCCUUGGAUGAUUAUGAAGCCUGAGUAUUUGAUGUUAGCACUACUAAUUCCGGGUCCUUCUUCCCCAGGCAAUGACCUUGACAUAUAUUUGCAACCACUAAUGAAGGACUUGAAGGAUUUGUGGGAGUUCGGACUGGAAACUUAUGAUGCUUCGAGUAACCAGAGGUUUCACAUGCAUGUAGCAUUGAUGACCACCGUGAGUGAUUUUCCUGCUUACGCGAUGUUAUCUGGCUGGAGCACAAAAGGAUACUUGGCGUGCCCUGAGUGUCAUUAUGAAUUAGAUUCUGAGUGGUUGCCUUAUAGUGCUAAGAAUGUGUAUAGGGCAAAUCGUAAAUUUCUACCUCCAUUUCACCCUUGGCGUUGUGAUAAGAGGAAUUUUGAUGGGAAAGUUGAGGAAAGACAUCAACCUACUCCAUUGAAUGGAAUUGAUGUAGCUAAUCUGUUGCGUGAUUUUUCCAAAUGA